CCAGUCGAACCACCCAAAUCCCUAUCAAGCCACUCCUUGAUAAAAAUGUGCGCAAAACUUUUCCGGUUCGGUUUUUAAAACACUGAUUUGUACAUAAAAAAAAAAACAUUAAUUCCAAAAUGCUCAUGAUCUUACUAAAACCCACCUCUAAAACCCUAAAUACCCUACUCUCAAAUUCUCAAAUCCCAAUCUUUUCCAUUACAAUUCAUAAACCCAACAAAUACCCAUUACACAAUCACACCCAAUUCCACAAUUACGUAAACACUUACAUGAAAUGGAAAAAAGACCCAUUUUACGGUUCAAUUGAUCACAUUCACAAAUCUUCACUCCUCAAAUCAAUCAUUUCCAUAAAAAAUCUCAUCACCCAAAACCCUAAUUCCUCCAUCCCAAUCUCAGAUAUCUCCAAAAAAGGCUUACAGUUUGAUCUCAAAAAAAUCAAAGUCGCCAACUUUUUACGAAAAUACCCUUCAAUUUUUGACGAAUUUACCGGCCCGGAGUAUAAUUUGCCUUGGUUUAGAUUGACCCGAGAAGCUGUUGAGAUUGAUGAGGAGGAGAAAAGGGUAUUUGUGGAAUUCAGAGAUGAAUUGAAUGAGAGGUUGAUGAGGUUUAUAAUGAUGAGUAGAGAAAAGGUGGUGCCUUUGAAGAUUUUGAAAGGUAUGUUGUGGUAUUUGGGUUUGAAUGAUGAUUUUUUAGAAACCAUAGAUGAUGAAUGUUUUAAGAUUGUUGAUUUAGAAGAUGGGUUGGAAGAUGGGUUGGAAGGAUUAACUGUAGUUAAUAGUGAAAAAAUGUCGUUUUUAUCGGUUUUAGAAAGAAAUGCGAUGAGUAAAUCAACGAGUUAUAGCUCAAAUGGUAUAAGCGCUGGUCAGCAUUCUGACCAGGUCGUGAGUUCAAUGUCUCACACAAGGGAUGCACUGAGUGAAGGUUUAUGUGAAUUUCCGCUUUUUCCGUCAAAGGGUGUGAGAUUGAAAAGAAAAAUUCAAGAUUGGUUAAAGGAGUUUCAAAAGAUUCCUUAUAUAUCGCCUUAUGAUGAUUAUUCGAAUUUGGAUUGCGAUAGUGAUUUAGCAGAGAAGAGAGUUGUCGCUUUUCUGCAUGAAAUGUUGUGUUUGUUUGUAGAGCAUUCAGCUGAAAGGAAGAAGAUUUUGUGCUUGAAAAAGUAUUUUGGAUUGCCGCAAAAAGUUCAUAAGGCGUUUGAGAGACAUCCGUAUAUGUUUUACUUGUCGUUUAGGAAUAAAACUUGUACCGUGAUUCUUAAAGAGGCUUAUAAGGAUGAAUUGGCUAUAGAGAGGCAUCCGAUUUUGAGUGUUAGGCAAAAGUAUGUUGAGUUGAUUAAGGAAUCCGAAGUGAUUUUGAAGAGAAGGAGGUGGGGACAUACGACAAAUUUUGAAUGUCUGAAGUCCCCGAAAUUGGAUUUGGAUUUGGAUUUGGAUUGUAUAGAUGAUGGUGAACAGGGACAGUGUUUGUAGACUUUGAAGAAGUUGGAGCAGAUGUACGGAAAAUUCCCGACUGCUACAUUUUUCGGCCUUUUCAAUUGUCAAAAAGACGUGAAUAACCAGAGACUGCUGAAGAGAAAUGUGCAGCAAAAUCUUUACUUACCAUCUGUUUAGUUUCGGGUUUGUUCUGCCAAAACUAGUGGCAAUUUAUGCUAACUUGUUCAUGGUCAA